AUGAUCGCAGCCGUGCCAUUGGUCUUGGGUUGGGUUGCAACCGCCCUACCUGAGUAUCCACCUGCGCAUGAAGAUGCUGCAUGCCUGCUUCACCUACGAAGUGCACGCAGUCAGGUGAACCAGCUUCCACCCCUUUGCCCAGGCAGCGUCAACGACACAAACUCUGACAACGAUGGCGAUGGCGAUGAAGCUGUUGUUAGUUUCAGCAUCGACAGCAACUUGCACGGCAUGUACUGCUACGAUGCCGAUACACGGAAAACCGCAGCAUACAGGACGAUCACAGAGAUUACGGACCGCAACGUGUGCGAACAGCUUUGUGCAACUGAUCCUGAAUGCAACUACUACGGCUGGCAUGGCGACAGUCAGCUUGAAGUGGGAAGCCGCUGCUACAACUGCGCACUGUACCACACGUGCGAACAUCAGCGCGAGUCUUUCUGCAGAGAUGUAAGCCCUCCAGACAACUUCGUGAAGGCCCCUGCAGACACAGCUGUGCCGUUGAUGGAGAAGACGUUCACCGCAGACUGGCGCUUGACAGGGCAAUUCUGCAAGGGCAGCCAGAUUCUAGCGGUCGACGUGGACACCGUCGAAGAUUGCAAGGAGAUGUGUGUGAGUCUCGAUGCCUGCGCCUACAUGUCCUUCUACAAGGACAAACAAGUCCGAGAGGAUGCGGACCCGGAGUCCUGCGACAAGAACUGCCGAAUCUUCUCGGACUGUGACAGCCCCGAGAUGUCGAUGUGUUGGAACCCUCCGGUUGUCUUCCAAAUUGAAGUGGAGGCUUCCCAAGCGCUUCUGCAAACAGGGCGCAAGAAGCAGCCAACAGCCGACCUCCUGGUCAUGCUUUCUGGCCAGAAUGUCGAGAAUGGGGUCUUUGCCUGCUCGACUGAGUCAGCGCUCUCUCUGCCUUUGGCUGAUUCCUGCACUAAAGUGGUGGAUGCAAGUAAGGUUGGCGGAAAUGGACAGUUGCGGGAUGCCGUUCAGGUAGAGGCUGAUGUUCUGGUGAUCGAGGGCAACGGAGUCUACCGUUGCCAAGUCACGGACGACAACCCUUGCUCGGUGCUCCGUGAGGAUCUGGACUUUCCAUUCCAGGCUGUUCUGUCUUGCCCCCAUAUUGUGGCUGCCAAUUCGGACCAUGUUCUACAAUGUCCAGCCGAUGGCAGCGAUCCAUGUCAUCCGUUGUUGGACCGGCCGCUGUAUCCCAUCAGCAUCUCCCUGCUGCCAUCAACUCAAGAUUUGAUCGUCACGGGUUACGUGCACCCAAGCGGCAAUGAUCAAGGAGUGCUCCAUUGCUUUCAUGCCAACGGGACCUGCUUCGUGGUCAACAUGCCUCCCAUCCAGUCUUACGAGUCCGUGACUGCUUCAGACAAAGGAUAUUUUGCAGUCACAAUUGAUGAACAAGCAGACAUGCCACGCAUCGACUUCUGUCCACUGCAAUAUCCUGGUGCUUCUCAGUGUGUGAUGCAACCGGUUAGUGGACCGGGCGUGGAACCCGCAAUUUUGCCUGAGUUGGUCUUUAUCCUCUCCCUCCAAGUGGAUGCAGGCCGGUCAGCUCUUAUCGUUGUCGGGGUCGAAAACCGCGAAAGCGAGGCGCCCGACGGGACCGUAGAGGUUGCAGAGAUCCAUGUCAUCUACAAGUGCAGCAUCCCUCAAGGGGCAGCCAUUCCAGCGGACUGUCAGCUGGUGCUUGAGAUUGAGGAUGACCUGUGGUUGACGGCCCAUCCCAUUUCACAGCAGGCUCCGCUUGUCUGA